AUGAAGCAAGCAUCCAAUGACUACCAACCAGGUGUCCGUGCCGAGCCUAGAUUCCUUAGAGAUCCCACUUCACUCGAGUUCAUUUCCUCGGGCCUGACUCGUUUCUCGUCCUAUGUUGUAUCCAACUUGCCCAAACGCAAACCAAGCAUGCAACACUACAACGACCUACAACCACCUUUGCUCUUUUAUCAGCAACAACAACAACAACCUGCUCCACCUCCACCUUCACCUGUGACACCCAUCAGUUCAAGCUUGGAGGAUCAUCAUCAUCAAUCAACAAAACCAGAACCAGAAGACGAUCAUGAUAAAGUCACCUUUGCCUCGUUUCAGCAUAUGGAGACAUUAAGCAUGGAUGAUACUGUUUCUACACGACGUUUAUGCUUGUUACUGGGAUAUCACGAUGGAUUUCAAAUUUGGGACAUCACCAAUCCAGACAAUAUCCACGAGAUAUGUUCAAUUCGAGACGAGGAAGCUUUUGGAACAGUGUCGUUUAUGCAUAUCGUCAAUUCCCCUUAUCAACAAGAUACAAAAGAUCAACAUCCGCUAUUGGCCAUUGUAACAAGUCGUGAACCUGCUGACAAUGACGCUAUUGGUGUGAUGGAUCCUGAUCAUACAAGAAGAGCAUCCACGUCAUCCGCCAAAUCAUUUCAUGCAACAUGUACGGUGCUUCGAUUUUAUUCGCUCAACACACAUCAAGUCAUCAAAGAAAUCCACAACAUGGGUGGUGAUGAGGAAGAGGAGACUAGGAUAACAGCCAUUAAGAGUAAUCAUACAGCGGUGGUGGUGGGAUGCACUGGGAGCUCUGGUUCUACAUUACAUGUAUUGUCGUGCAAGACACUUGACCCCUUAUCCACGCCAAUUACAGACGUCUAUCAUGAUCCUAUCAAUGGCCCUGUAUUUACACUGGGUGCACGCUUCUUGGCCUAUGCAACUCAUUCUCCCGUGCUAAAUGACGAUCUUGCCCUCAGCCAACAUAAAGGCAUCGGUGGAACAGGCCUUGGUGUACUUCAAGGGGAUAAGGAUGUGAAGGAUAUCGCCAAGGAAGUCGUGAGUGGAGUUAAAUCGUUGAGCGAAUACGGAUACCAGACACUCUCCAGCUACUUUGGUAAUCACCCACAGGAUAAGAUGCAGCCACCCCCUCCACAACAACAACAGGCGCCUUCAGUAGUAUCAUCUUCACCUCGUACUAUAUCGCCUAUGGGGAUGCGUUAUGAUGAACGAACAGCCAGUCCAAUCCCAUCAAGUAGUACGCAAACAACAACAACGACGACCACAACAACAGCUCAUAGAAAAGCACCUGCUGCAGGCAUGGUGAUGAUUCGAGACAUUGCCAAAUUACCGACAACACCCACUCGCAACAUGUCACUAUCCACUGUGGCCCACUUUCGACCUCAUUCGCAUCCAUUGUCAUGCUUGACAUUCAAUGCUGCAGGAACACUAUUAUUGUCUGCAUCAAAGCAAGGUCACACGUUUCACAUAUUUGGAGUGUUGCCUAGCAACAACGUGGUGGGCAACAUAUCACAUUUAUACAGCUUGGCACGUGGAUACACUGAUGCACAAGUCGAGGACUGCCAAUUUUCAGCGGAUUCAAUGUGGUGUUCGGUCAGCACAGCACGUGGCACGACUCAUGUGUAUGCCAUCAAUCCUUAUGGUGGUAAACCUGAGAUCAUGGGUCAUGUUGUAGGCAAAGUCAACAAUCCACCUGUACGAUUAUUUAUGAAUCAGCAACGCAAAUUAGAAAAGAGUACAUCCCUUGGAAGCGUAGUGCGUGUCAAACAACGACGACCCAUGAUAACAGAAACGCAUGAUGAUUUGGCUUUGAGUCAACAACAACAGCAACAACAUUAUCCAACAGCUACCAUUCCUCCACCUAUACCAACACGAUCAUCUCACUCCAGACAACCACGAGCAAAGUUAUCCACAAUGUUCCUUCUACCAACAAAAAUCCCAUAUCUUGUGCAUGCAUCAAAGUCAUCUCACAGCGGCGGCGGCACCACCAACAAUACCAAUGGCACGAGUCAUUCCAAUGCAAGUGGCAGCAAUAGCAGUAAAGCUUUACUGGAUGGUGCAGCUUCAUUCAAAGCAUUCAAACAACAAGCUUCUUCUAGUCUUGGAUCGAUGCUAUCAUCUUUUGGAUCGAGUAUCAGCAGCACGGACUCAUCCUCUUCAUUUUCAUCGAUGCGUCAACAUCAUGCAUGGACAUCUGCUCAUGACAAGCUAGCCGACAAUCGAUUGUUUGGAUUUGACGAAGAAGAAAUGCCGACAGUAGAAGAUGAUGAUUCGAGGACAUUGCAUGAUGGACGUAUCGGAUAUCAAGACAUGUAUUCAAUUCAUCCACGUGGCAUGUUGACAUUACAUCGAUGCUGGGUGAGCAAGUCCGUUGUCAAGAAACGUGAUCAUUCGCGAACGAUUGAAUUGGUGGUGAAGCAGGAGGAUGUGGCUGAAUGGUCCAUGGCACGUACAACCGAAUGGGAGCAAGUCAAGGUAUCAUUGGCACGUGAUAACAAUGCAACGGAUGCGACGGCAACGAGGAAAAAGAAACGACGCACGCCAUGGCUUUCGAAUGCCGAGAUCACGACUUGUUUACCCGACGAACAACCCUUGUGGACAUCAUCCCAGUUUAGUCUUCAAACAUUUUCAGAGGAUCCUGCUACGUUAUCCAAAAAGCUAUGGAAGACAGGCGAAAUGCCAGAAGCAAAACCUGUUCAUGUGCGACGAGAAUUACCUGAACCCUAUUCAAGUCGUAUUGAUCGUGUUGGUAAAACCACUGCCCGGAUCACUAGUCAAGAUGAAGAGAACUUGGAUGAUGCUUUGGCUGAACUAGAAGAUAAUCUUUCCAAGGCUAUGCAAACGACCUUCACUACGCCAUCACCUACAACAUUGUUAUCAGGAUCGUAUGGUAGCGCUAGCCCGGCUGGCUACAAGCGAGGAUUACAGCAACCCAUUAUACCAGGAAACAAUGGAACAACUCCCUCAUCCAUAUCCUUUGAAGAUGCACACCUUAUCAGCAUGGGUAGUGGUCCAAGUCCAGAAGACUUACUUACACAUCACCAACAACAACAACAACAAACGCGUGGCAACAUGGCACUUCAUCACAGCUCAUUGAUACAAUUUGAUGAGGAGGAAGAGGUACGCUUGCCAGCCACUCCAAGCAUGCAAAGCAGUAGCAGCAUCCGACUUGAAGACGAUGAUGAUGAUGAUGACCCUCCUGUCAUGGAUCAACAAGUAUUUUCUCCUGACGGUGACAAUGAAAUGGCUCAUCCAAGUGAAUCUAUUUUUGCUGAACGACCCCCACCAUCCUUGUAG